CUGGCUUUACUAAACGGAAAUAGUCGCUUUCAGUCCGCCAGCAGGCCUGUUGAGACGCUGCCUUCCUGUCCUUUUCAAACAGUUAUGAAAAACCUCCAUUUCAAGGAUUUCUUCUGGAACUCUGACCUGACGUGCACUGGCGGCUAUGAUGCAAUCAUCCAGUAUCUCAACGAUGGCAAGAGGACAUGCAAGGAGGUGGAGGAGUUCAUGAAAGCCAGGGCAUCAGUUGAAGAGAAGUAUGCCAAAGACCUCCUUGGUUUGUCCAAGAAGGUGUGCGGACACAAUGAGAUGAACACAUUGAAAAGAUCCCUGGACAUGUUCAAAUUACAGACUGAACAUGUGAGUCUAUCACACUUACAACUGGCGCAGAGCAUGAGGGAGGAGGCCAAGAAAGUGGAAGAAUUCAGGGAAAAACAAAAAGAAAUGAAGAAAAAGAUAGAACAACAAAUGGAUGUUCUCCACAAACAGAAAUCUUCACAGUUCAAGAAGACAAUGGAUACAAAGAAGACAUACGAGCAGAAGUGCCGAGAUAAAGAAGAAGCAGAUCAGAACCUAAACCGAAACACCAACACCAACAACACCAAGCAAUUAGAGAAGCUCAACUCAAAAGCACAGCAAGCAAAACAGAAUGCAGAAGAAGCAGACAGGUUAUACCUGCAGAAUGUGACCACAGUGGGAAAGAUUAGAGAUGAAUGGCUAAAGGAACAUGUCAAGGCCUGUGAGCUGUUUGAAAAACAGUCAAUGGAGCGUAUUAACUUUCUGAGAAACGCAGUCUGGACUCACCUCAACCAACUUUCCCAGCAGUGUGUGACCAGUGAUGAGCUGUAUGAGGAAGUGAGGAAAUCACUGGAAAAGUGCGACGUCCAGGAAGAUAUUGAACACUUUAUAAACCUCAGACAGACGGGGGAUAAACCACCAGCUCCAGUUCUGUAUGAGAACUUCUACAGUGGUCAGAGGUCUCCAACUGGAGCUCCACCCUCUCGACUGCCUCCAUCAAUCAUCAGAAGGCCGGCAUUGCCUAAUCCAACAAACAACAGUAUGGAUGAUGCAAUCUACUCAACAGUGCAGGACACAGGGUACAGCGUCAUCCAAUACUAACACAAAGAUCUGUUGAUGGAGUUUUUGUACAUCCUGUGCAGAGCUGGAGCUUUGCCAUGUCCAUGAGGGUUACUUAAGUCUCAUCAUUUCCUCCUAUGUGAUUUCUUGUUAAAAUAAAGUCCAGUGUCAUAACUGUGUGCAUACAUAUGUUUCGGUGAGGUUGUGUGGUAUUUCUAAUGAAAAUAUCACAGUGUUAUAAACACAGGAAAUUUUUUUAUUCUUAGGUUCUUUUGGGCCUUUUUUACAGUAAAAAGUGACUAAAAUUGGGAUUGUUGCUCAGCAUUUUGAGGAUAAUAACAUUCUGUAAAAUUAGAGAAAAACAAUAAACAUAAAAUAGUGACAUCCUGCUAAUUGCUGUGAAAAUGUAAGAAGUCAUUUCCACUGCCAACAUAUAGAGCCUAUUUAUUACCAACAUGUUUAUAAUAUGCAAGGAGGCAUCUUCUACAUACUUGCAUAUUAAUUUAUCUUCAGUAUAUUUUGUAUUUAUUUUUGUGGAAGUAUUCUUCUCUCAUAUUUUAAAUAGAUUAACAAAAUAAGUGUCAUCUGCUUGCUUGUUUUCAUUUCCCUUUUAGAUGUGAGAGUAGCAUGUCAGCUGACAGGGAACUUGGAUAAAGUGAUUGGAACCUAAAGACUCACGUACACUCUUAUGCAGUGUACAGAGCAUACAGAUAACUACAGAAAAAUAUAUAGUUUCUCUGUAGUUAUCCGGUGAAAGUCUUGUUCUUUGUCACUCAACCUGCGUCUCAAUGUUUCGUCUUGCUACAGUCAUGUGCUGAACAACAGGGUAAUCUUCUGUUGUAAGAAAGUUAAAUUAGAUUAAGCUCUCUGCCCUAGAUAUGUCUAAAUACUUGAGGAGGAUUGUUGGAAUAUUUGCACUUUGAUUUUGCUUUAUUUAUGUUGUCAACAAAUCAUUUUUGUGGACUGCAGGAGUAUAGAGGGAUUCUAUGGUAUUUCACUUUGCAGCUGAUCUGGAGUUAGUUUUGUAUAAAUAAAAUGAUUAUGAAAGUU